AUGGGUGAUCACGGCAAUCAGGAUGACCUCACUGCUGCCCUGGCAAUCAUUCAACAACAAAUGCAGACUCAGCAACAACAGAUGUUGCAGAUGCAGCAGACCAUCCAAAAUCAGCAACAAGAUGCUCAAGAAGCAGCCGAGAGCGCCGCGCGAGAAGAGCGUGGUGCUCCUAUUGGGGAGCGGAACCUUCCGCGGAACUUCGCUACUAACCGCUCCCCCAUCAACCAUCCUCCUUGCACUCGGCAAGACUAUGAGAUCAAACCUGCACUGAUAAGUCUGGUCCGAUCAGCGUUCCUGAGCCACUUCUACAUGAAGUCUAAAACCGCGGCUCUAUGGCACUUGACCUCCAAUUUCAAGCAGAAGUCUGAUAAACCUUUUCAUGAAGCUUGGGAGAGGUACAAGGAGUACCAGAGAGAGUGCCCGCACCAUGGGUUUGACGAUGACUAUAUAUUGGAGGUGUUCUAUGAUGGAGUGAGCUAUGAGUUUCGAAACACCCUUGAUUCUUUGAGUAAUGGAGAUUUCAUGACUCAAACCACACCUGGUGCGUUCGGGCUGAUUGAGAACAUGGCUUCAAGUUCACUAAACAAGAACAAGGAGCAUGACCAUUCGAAGAGUGUGAACAGUAUAGAUGAUCUCGCUGCAAAGGUGGACCAACUGCUUAAGGGAAACCAAAGCCAAGUGUUCAUAAUGGAAGAAGCAGCUCCUGAGAAGAGUGUCGGUGACCCGGCGUUUGAUGCUGAAAUAUCAGGAGACGAUCAGCAAGAGGUGAGCUACGCGAAUGGGCAAGGAUGGCAGCUCCAAAACUACCACCCAAACCCUAACGUGAGGCAUAACCCACAGCUUUUCUGGCCUAAGCAAGACAAACCAGCUGAUCCUGCACAGAGUAACCAAGGUCAGUAUGCCGGUUCACCAAGACCAGAACAACCAGCUGAGGCUGUCCGCCCGAUCCCAAAGCCUGUUCCUGCUCGCGAAUACACUCCUAAAGUCCCUUACCCUGUUCCAGCAAAGGAUACUCGUAAUGACCGAGAGGAGAUGAAGUGCAGAAAGAUGCUGGAGGACCUAACCGUCCGACUCCCCUUGAUGGAUGCGAUCCAGAUGAUGCCCUCCAUGCGCAGCUUUAUGAAGGGAUUGAUCUCAGGAAAAAUAUCAGAGGGGAGUGAAUUCAUGACUGUCUCUAAGGAGUGCAGCGCAGUGCUUCAGAACAGGCAGAUAAAGAAGCGAGGAGACCCUGGAUAG